AGGGAGGGAUGUUUGGGGGGCGGGGGUCCUGAUGACGGCAUCGGAGCGCGCCACACCGGGGCGCUGAGCUCGGCUGCGCGUCUCGGGACUGCGCCCGCACCCUGGCAGGUCCUAGAGCUGCCCUAUUUCAACAUGGGGCUGGAGGCCCAAAGGCUGCCUGAGGCUGAGGAAGCUCCGGUGAGGGUGGCCCUCCGAGUCCGCCCAUUACUGCCCAAGGAGCUGCUGCACGGCCAUCAGAGCUGCCUGCAGGCGGAGCCCGAGCAUGGCCGAAUCACCCUGGGGCGGGACCGCCGCUUUGGAUUCCAUGUGGUUCUGGGAGAGGACACUGGACAAGAGGCUGUGUACCAGGCUUGCGUCCAGCCCCUUCUCGAGGCCUUCUUUGAGGGCUUCAAUGCCACCGUCUUUGCCUAUGGUCAGACAGGCUCGGGGAAGACGUAUACCAUGGGGGAGGCCAGUGUGGCCUCCCUGCAUGAAGAUGAACAGGGCAUCAUCCCAAGGGCCAUGGCCGAGGCCUUCAAGCUCAUUGAUGAGAAUGACCUGCUGGACUGUCUGGUGCAUGUGUCCUACCUGGAGGUGUACAAGGAAGAGUUCCGAGAUCUGCUAGAAGUGGGCACUGCCAGCCGGGACAUCCAGCUUCGGGAAGACGAGCGGGGAAAUGUCGUGCUGUGUGGGGUGAAAGAAGUGGACGUGGAAGGCCUGGAUGAGGUGCUGAGCCUCCUGGAGAUGGGCAACGCUGCGCGGCACACAGGCGCCACACACUUCAACCGCCUCUCCAGCCGCUCACACACGGUCUUCACAGUGACUCUGGAGCAGCGAGGGCGGGCUCCUAGCCGCCUACCUCGACCUGCCGCGGGACACCUGCUGGUCUCCAAAUUCCACUUCGUGGACCUUGCAGGCUCCGAGAGGGUUCUCAAGACCGGCAGCACCGGCGAAAGGCUCAAAGAGAGCAUCCAGAUUAACAGCACCCUGCUGGCGCUGGGCAAUGUCAUCAGCGCUCUGGGGGAUCCCCAGCGCCGCGGCAGCCACAUCCCCUACCGCGACUCCAAGAUUACCCGGAUCCUCAAAGACUCCCUGGGAGGGAAUGCCAAGACGGUGAUGAUCGCCUGCGUCAGCCCCUCCUCCUCCGACUUCGACGAGACCCUCAACACCCUCAACUACGCCAGCCGUGCCCAGAACAUCCGCAAUCGCGCCACAGUCAACUGGAAGCCGGAGGCCGAGCGCGCCCCCGACGAACAAGGGGCAGGCGCGCGCGGGCCGCCGCGACACCGCUCGGAGACGCGCAUCAUCCACCGCGGCCGGCGCCCUCCCUGCCCCGCCGUGGGCUCGGCCGCAGCCGCGGCGGGCCUGGGCGCCGAGUGCGCGCGCUGCCGGGCUCGCACCAGCGCCGCCUACAGCCUCCUGCGAGAGUUGCAGGCCGAGCCAGGGCUGCCGGGCGCUGCUGUCCGCAAGGUGCGGGACUGGCUGUGCGCGGUGGAGGGCGAGCGCAGCGCGCUGAGCUCCGCCUCCGGGCCCGACAGCGGCAUUGAGAGCGCCCCAGCGGAGGACCAGGCGGCACAAGGGACCAGCGGGAGAAAGGGAGAUGAAGGGGCCCAGCAGCUGUCGCUCCUGCAGAGCCAGGUGGCCCGGCUAGAGGAGGAGAAUCGCGACUUUCUGGCGGCGUUGGAGGACGCCAUGGAGCAGUACAAGCUACAGAGUGACCGCCUGCGGGAGCAGCAGGAGGAGAUGGUGGAGCUUCGGCUGCGGCUAGAGCUGGCGCGUCCUGGCUGGGGAGCACCGGCACUAUGGCAGGGCUUGCCUCCCGGCUCCUUUGUGCCUCGGCCUCACACAGCCCCCCUGGGAGGUGCACAUCCUCAUGGGAUGGGCGUGGUGCCCCCUGCUUGUCUUCCUGGAGAAGAAGUUGGUUCUGAGCAGGUGGCAAAUGGCAGGGAAGUCAAGGCGGAGGUGUCGGCCCAGGUGGACAAGCUGGGAAGUGGCUCUUCCACUACAUCCGAAGAGGAAGGGGAGGAGGAGGACGACGAAGAAGAGGAGCCACCCAGGCGGACCUUGUACCUGCGCAGAAAUGGGAUCAGCAACUGGAGCCAGAGAGCAGGCGUGCGUCCAGGGAGCCCAACUGACAGGAAGGGCCCAGAGGUCUGCCUAGAAGAGCCAGCUGCUGCCAUCCCAGCACCCCAAGUUGGUGGUGGCAAGGUCCCAGUUCAGACCCGCCAGAACCCAGCUGCCAUGGCCUCUGAGUGGCGACUGGCCCAGGCUCAGCAGAAGAUCCGUGAACUGGCCAUCAACAUCCGAAUGAAGGAGGAGCUCAUUGGUGAGCUGGUCCGCACAGGGAAGGCCGCCCAAGCCCUAAACCGCCAGCAUAGCCAACGCAUCAGGGAGCUGGAGCAAGAGGCGGAGCGUGUGCGGGCGGAGCUGUGUGAAGGGCAGAGACAGCUCCGGGAGCUGGAGGGCAGGGAGCCCCAGGAUGCCAACGAGAGGUCCAGGCUUCAGGAAUUCCGCAAGAGAGUGGCUGCAGCCCAGAGCCAGGUGCAGUUCCAGCCCAACAGCGCCAGCCACUGUGCCAGGCUCCUGCCACCCCUGUUCAUAGCCCCGUGGCUGCUGUGUGGGUCUCAGGUGCUGAAGGAGAAGAAGCAGGCAACAGAGCGGCUGGUGUCACUGUCGGCUCAAAGUGAGACUCGGCUGCAGGAGCUGGAGAGGAAUGUGCGGCUCAUGCGACGACAGCAGGGGCAGCUGCAGAGGCGGCUCCGGGAGGAGACAGAGCAGAAGCGGCGCCUAGAGACAGAGAUGAACAAGCGGCAGCAUCGUGUCAAGGAGCUGGAGCUGAAGCAUGAGCAACAGCAAAAGAUCCUGAAAAUCAAGACUGAGGAGAUUGCAGCCUUCCAGAGGAAGAGGCGCAGCGGCAGCAAUGGCUCCGUGGUCAGCCUGGAGCAGCAGCAGAAGAUUGAGGAGCAGAAGAAGUGGCUGGACCAGGAGAUGGAAAAGGUGCUGCAGCAGCGGCGGGCGCUGGAGGAGCUGGGAGAGGAGCUCCACAAGCGGGAAGUCAUCCUGGCCAAGAAGGAGGCCCUGAUGCAGGAGAAGACGGGGCUAGAGAGCAAGCGCCUGAGGUCCAGCCAGGUGAGCCCCCACCACAAGAUUCCUGGCAAGGCCCUAAAUGAGGACAUCGUGCGCGUGUCCAGCCGUCUAGAACACCUGGAGAAGGAGCUGUCUGAGAAGAGUGGGCAGCUUCGGCAAGGCAGUGCCCAGAACCAGCAGCAGAUCCGAGGGGAGAUAGACACCCUGCGCCAGGAGAAGGACUCCCUGCUGAAGCAGCGCCUGGAGAUUGAUAGCAAGCUGAGGCAGGGAAGCCUGCUGUCCCCUGAGGAGGAGAGGACCCUUUUCCAGCUAGAUGAAGCCAUCGAGGCCCUGGAUGCUGCCAUUGAGUACAAGAACGAGGCUAUCACAUGUCGCCAGCGGGUGCUGCGGGCUUCGGCCUCCCUGCUGUCACAGUGUGAGAUGAAUCUCAUGGCCAAACUCAGCUACCUCUCCUCCUCAGAGACCAGAGCCCUGCUGUGCAAGUAUUUUGACAAGGUGGUAACACUCCGAGAGGAACAACACCAGCAACAGAUCGCGUUCUCGGAACUGGAGAUGCAGCUGGAGGAGCAGCAGCGGCUGGUGUAUUGGCUGGAGGUAGCACUGGAGCGGCAGCGCCUGGAGAUGGACCGCCAACUAACCCUGCAGCAGAAGGAGCACGAGCAGAACGUGCAGCUACUCCUUCAGCAGGGUCGAGACCACCUUGGUGAGGGGUUAGCAGACAGCAAGAGGCAAUAUGAGGCUCGGAUUCAAGCUCUGGAGAAGGAACUGGGCCGACACAUGUGGAUAAACCAGGAGCUGAAACAGAAGCUCAGUGGAGGAAACACUGUGGGCCAGAGCCGGGGUGGUGAGAGGAGAAGCCUCUGCUUGGAAAACCGACAAGGCCUUGGAAAUGAAGAUGGGCUCCACCCAGCAGCUUCUGAACCUCUCUGGCAGUCCUCCCUUCUGGAGGGAGCACCCCGGGCCUGGGAUGAGGCCCGGGACUUGGUCCAUGCCCCACUACCCCUAACAUGGAAACGUUCAAGCCUGUGCAGUGAGCAGGGCUCCUCUGAGGAGCUGAGGGCCCGGGAAACAACUGAACCCCCAGUAGGGCGGGUGUUACCAGUGGGUGAAGCUGGCCUCUCCUGGAACUUUGGACCUUUGCCUAAGCCCAGGUGGGAACCCCGAAGAACCAGCCCAGGGAUGAUUGAUGUCAGGAAAAACCCUUUGUAGGCCUUGGUCAGGCCCUGCCUCAGAUUCCAGUCCUGCUGAGAGGAGAGACUGCCUGUUUUGCUUUGUGAAGGACAGUCCUUGCCUAGAGUCUCAUCUUUACACCAAUUGGAGUCAUCAAAUUUGGGCUAUAGCCCAGGAGAACUGGACUUUGCCCACUGUGGUGCUUAGCAGUCUUUUUUGUUUUAAAUACUUACAAAUUCCUCCUAUCCACUUCCUUUAAGCUACCUUUUCAUUUGUGGGACAAUUCUGGCUUUAAGCCUGUGUGCCCAGAGUUCUAGAGAUUAUCCAAGGCUUGUCACAAAAUGGUCAGUAGCAACAGGGUUAUGGCUUCAAUGGUCUUAUAUAGAUGGGGGAACUGGGAAAGUUAUUAGCAUUUUUAGAAUUUUAAAAAAUAUCAUUUAAUAAUAAACAGGAGUAAUCUCAUUAUGGCUUACAUCUUAAA